CUCAGCUGAUGCGCGUAUCAACCGACCGACUCCAUCAUCAGCAUCCGACGCUGACAGCGGUCGAAGACAGCAUCCUUAAUAUUACCGACCCACGGUUACAUCGCAGAAUAAUUCAGAGCCAGGCCGACCGGGACUGACGUUGCUGUCUUGUGACAAUAUUAUUUAUUGAGGCUGCCAUCUUAAAAACCGCCGAGCUGCAAAAUAGUGAGUAGCCUUUGAUGAUGGACCGCCAGGAUGCUACAAUCGUGUGUGUGCCCCCACUACCUGCAUUAGGUUGUGAUGACCCACACUACUUCCAAAUGUAUCUGUGACCCUCCCCAAUCCUGACUCCUAAUCUCUAAUCCCUGACCUUUGACCCCCACUAUGGGCAGUGUUGGCAGUGGGGUGGCAGGAGAGCAGGAGUUUGCCAUGAAGUCUGUGGGUACGAGGACCACCCUGCCCAGAGCCCCUCCUCUCUCUCGCCGUUGCCCUGCCGACCGCAGCUGCAGCGCAGAGCGAUUGCCCCGCGCUCCGGCGACUAUAUCUGACGGGACGGCUUCUAGUGAUGAACGAGGGAGUGUUAGCAUUGCGACUGGGACCUGUACCGGGACUGACCGGCCCACCGAAACAGCCUCCUCCACCAACACUGAAUGUACCAUGACAGCCCCAUCCAACAACAACCAGUUGGAGUGUGGCAACGGAGCAGGCAGGCGGGAGAGGGAGUGGGAGCGGGAGAGGGAGAGGCAGCGUGAAAGGGGGAGAGACAGGGACCGGGACCGAGACUGGGACAGAGAAAGGUUAGAGAGGGAGCGAGAGAGGGAGAGGAACCGGGAAAGGGAGCGAGAACGAGUGGAGAGGGAGAGGCUGGAGCGAGAGAGGGAGCGGGAGAGGGAGAGACACAGAGAGAUGGCAGCCACCAGAGCCGACAGUGAGAACAAUCCAGGCAGUCAUAACCCUCCAAACCACAACCCGCCCAAGAUCCUGCCAGUGUCGGGGAAACUGGAGCAGGCCCGAAACCCCCCGCCCCCGCACCAGGACAGCCCAGUGAGGGUCAGCAGAACUGAGGGCGGGGGAAAUGGUAAUGAAGUGGUUCAGGGAGGGAUGUCUGACUCAGGGAGGAACUCCCUGACCAGCCUGCCCACUUACACAGGCUCAGGGUCCGGUUGUGGGCCUCCAGCAGUCCUGGGGCCUCUCAGUGCUUCCACCAGCCACAUCAACAGGUUGGGCAUGGUUGGGGCAGCUGCAGGCCUCGAAAAACUGGAAAAGCCUGGCUACCAGAACGGGCUCAGCGCCUCAGACAGCGGCCGGUCCUCCUCAGGAAAGAGCUCCUCGUCCUAUCAGAGGCUGAGCCACCUGAGUGAUGCCCCAGCACCUCUACGCCCCUCCCCCUCCUCUGAUGACAUCAUCCAGGACCUUGAGGACCGCUUGUGGGAGAAAGAGCAAGAGGUGCAGCAUAUGCGCAGAAACCUGGACCAAAGCGAGGCAGCAAUCAUUCAGGUGUUUGAGGAGAAGCAACGUGUCUGGGAGCGGCAGAUGGAUGAGCUGAGACAGAACUACGCCUCGCGCCUGCAGCAGGUUACCCGUCGUGCUCAGCGCUCCCAGACUGCCCUGCAGGCCCAGAUAAGCCGUCUGUCCCAGGACAAGAGGAGACUCCAGGAGGAGAUGGCGGCUCUGUUGGCCCAGAGAGAGGAGCUGGAGAGAAAGUGUCUGGAUUACAGGAAGGAGCAGGCUGACAUCUUGCCUCGUCUGGAGGAGACCAAGUGGGAGGUGUGUCAGAAGGCAGGAGAGAUCUCCCUGCUGAAGCAGCAGCUGAGGGAGAGUCAGGCUGAAGUGACCCAGCGAGCUGGAGAGAUGGUGGCCCUGAGAGGCCAGCUGAAGGAGCUCAAUGCCCAGCUGAGGGAGCGGGAAGAGACCAUGCUGGGCCUAAAGGACUCCUAUAGCUCCAAGAGUCUGGAGCUGGAGAAGUGUGAGGGAGAGCUGAGGAGGACUCUGUCAGAGGUGUCCAUCCUUAGAGAGAAGCUGGGUGUAUUUGAGGCAGAGGUGCUUAGUUUAAAGCGGGCUCUGAGUGAAGUGAGCAGAGGAGCAGAAGUUGUUGUGAGCCCUAACUUAGCUGCUGCAGGAUUGUUGCCACCCUGGGGAAUUGUCCACUGCCCACGUAACCCCACUGAGUCCUCAACCAACUCUCUCACCCCCACAUCUGACACCCUGUUGAGUCUUCAGAGUGAUGAAGCCAAAGCCCAAAGGCAAGAAGCUCAGAGACAGGAGAGGCAGCAACGCGAAGAAGCUCAAUGGCGUGACGUGCAGCAGCGACAAGAUGCCCACAUGCAGCAGGACAUCCGAAUGCGCCAGGAUGCCCAAAUCCGACCAGAGGCCCAACUCCGCCAGGAGGCCCAGCUUCGGCAGGAGGCUCAUUUCCGCCAUGAAGCCCAACUACGCCAAGAAGCACAGCUGCGCCAAGAGGUGCAGCUCCGUCAGGAGGCACAGCUCUGCCAUGAGGCUCAAAUGCGUCAAGAGGCCCAGCUACGUCACGAGGCCCAACUCUGCCAGGAGGUGCAACUGCGUCAGGAUGGCCACCAACCACAGCGUGGCCAGGAGGGCCACUGGGACGAGGCAGGGGAGCUGCGCAGGCAACUAGAGCAGCUGCAGGCCACGUUGCGCCUGGAGCGGCAGCAACGGGAACGUCAGGCCCUCAACUUCGACCAAGAGCGACACACCUGGCAGGAUGAGAAGGAGCGGGUUUUGAAAUACCAGGCACAGCUGCAGCUCAGCUAUGUGGAAACGCUGCAGAAGAACCAAGCUUUGGAAAAACGUAUGAGCCAGUUGGGAGCCAAACCAAACACAACGUCCACCACCACCACCACCAUUACCACUACUACAACCACCUCGCCCACCUCUUCCAAUUCUCCACCUCCACCACCAGCCCUCUCACCUCUGUCUCCUCAGCCCCCACCCUCUCUCUCUGGCCCCAUCGCCCUCACCAUCUCCCCACCUUGUGAAGACCAGAAGGGCCCUCCUUCUCUCCACCAGCUUGCCAAUCCCUGGGCAGGACCCUCACGCCUGGAGAGGAUAGAGUCCACUGAGAUAUAGAGACAGCUCCAUCACAAAUUGUCCAGUUUAAUACACAAAGGCCUCUCACACAAAACUACUUCAGCAUACAGUUGAAAAACAUUUCAGUCUACAAUGGAAUAUAUCAGUACAGUCUGACACUAAACAGCAACAAAGGCCGACUGCAGAAUCCAACAUUAUCAGUAACAGGCAGAUCAUCUGAACAGGAAGUUGAACUUCACUCAACCUCCGAAGCAGCCUUCCUCUCACUAGUUGCACACCAAUACAUCCUACCUACGUAAUCAGUGUCCAUGAGAAGUGUGCCACACUGAUGGAUAGCGAUAAGCAAAAUGUCAAAUGACAAUGUUUAGAUGACAGCACUAAUUCGGGGGUCAUUUAAUGCCCAUGCUAGAAAAGGACCAAGACAAUCAGGGAUAUUGUCAGAAAUGAAUAACAAGAAUAUUACGCGGUAUUUCUUCAUUGUAUGUCUGUGUCACUGGUAAUGUAAAAGUAGAAAUAGUGGUCAGAGUGUGUGAUGUUAACUUGCAUUUUUGGCCAGAGAGCGCCUUACUCCAUUCUUUCCAGCAUGUAUACGAGAAUAACUAAUGCUGGGAACAGAAUUUUUUUUUUUUUUUUAAAUCAAGAGUGUGAUUAUUAUUUUCAGUGCUUUAAUUAUAAUAUCAGCAAACCAGUUACACAACAUUAUUACACAUGGCUGGACUAUUUCAUUUAAAUCCCAGCAGAUAUCAACAUCAAAAGUCACACAGACUGGUUCUUGAUUCAGUUUUCAAGUCAUUUUAUGCACAGGGUCCAACAUGCAUGACCCAUUUGAACACAUCAUUAAGACCACCAGAGUUUAUAUUUUCUACAAAUUGAAUUAAAUAGAUAUGUUUAGCAGAUAAUCAACCCCAAUUGAAUAUAAAAUAUGUUUUAAGACGUGGGAGAACCUGGUUCGCCUUUAUUGCAGAUUGUCUGCGGUGACUAAAAAACAAACACUAGAGGUCAUUAGAGAGUUUUCACAGUGCUCCCAACUCAAAUUUCUUCUCAUUGAACUGCAAGGAGAAUCUGAAAGGAAGCCCACAAUUUGAAUUUGGUUAUUAUGAUAAUUGUGUGGUUUAAUAUGGGCAUUUACAGCCAAGAAAUCUGAGAAAUCAGUCAGUAUCCCCAAAGUUAAAAAUACAAUUUAUAGAAUGUAUGAUAUACUAAAAAGAAAUACUUAUAAUAGUUAAGAUUGUAAAUGUGUGUGUGUGUGCGAGUGUGUGUGUGCGUGCGUAUGUGUGUGUGUGUGUGUGUGUGUGUGUGUGUGUGUGUGUGUGUGUGUGUGUGCGUGCGUGCGUGUGUGUCUACAAGCUUCAGUUUAUGAGAUUGAGGAUAGAGGGACUAGUGGCAAUACAGCAAGUGAAGAUAUAUUAAAAGCAAAGGGAUUUUUUGGGGGGCUUUAAGUACAGUAAGAUGUACAUCAAAGCUUCAUACUAGGGCAGUGAGACCGAAACUUCAAACUGAGUGAGGCUGUAUAUCCUAGAAAACUACUUUCUUCUGUAUAGUUCAUUUAGACAAAGCAGGGGAGAAGGAAGUAAAAUAAAUCAGAAAAAUGAAAAGUCUGCCUCUUUAAAGGGAGCAUUCAGGCUAACUGCACUAUGUAGUGUCCUACACACAAGUUAUGAUGUACAGUAGACUCAGAUGUGAAUAUCAUGGCUUUUAUAUGUGUUGUUUAUGCCAGCAUACAAAGAUGUUGCUCAAGAAUAUUAACUUAUCUCUUAGGUAUUACAUAGUAUUAUCAUCUUUAUUACUGUUAUUAUAUUAUGGUGAACUGACAGAGAAAAUAUGUGCCAUUUGAGCUUUCCUUUAUGUUUUUUUUUAACUGUGUAGAUAGCCUAUUGGCCUACCAUAAUGGUGCAAUCAUAGCAACCCUGUCCAAAAAUGAUGUUCCUUUUGUUGUAGGUGAUAAAUGUAGUUACAGUAUUGCAUUGUUUAGAGAACAAAAUGCUACCAAUUUUAUACAUGUUUCAAAUGUAUUGUUUGCAUUUAUGUUACUAGUACUGUUCUGGCUUGAUUAAAACCACCCCUUUGUUAAAACUCAGCAGAACUAAUAAAGAUAUGUGAAUAAUUCAGCA